AAAAAACCAAUUCCGGCAUAAUUUGAAUUGAACCGGUUUAUUUGGUACGUUUCGGGUGUUGUUUCUUUUGUCUCUAAGCUCCGUCCGUCGUGUGCCAUGGCUGUUUUGUAGGGUUUGCAAUUUACACACAGAGUGAGAGUGAGAGUUUGAAAAGGAACGAUUCAGCUUGAGAUGGUGAAGUUGAUGAUACGGAGAUUGAGUUCUCAAGUUUCGAAAUUUGUUCAGCCUCGUCUCCUGGAGACAGGUACUCUGAGAAUUGCUUUGAUUAAUUGCCCAAAUGAGCUAUCUUUUUGCUGCGAACGCGGCUUCUCUGCUUUCAGCGAUAGAAAUCUGUCUUAUAGAGAGAGAUUGAGAAGUGGGCUUGUCGAUAUUAAGGCAGAUGAUGCUAUUGAUCUGUUCCGAGACAUGAUUCACUCUCGUCCUCUUCCCACUGUUAUAGAUUUCAGUAGAUUGUUUAGUGCCAUUGCCAAAACGAAACAGUAUGAUCUUGUGUUAGCUCUCUGCAAGCAAAUGGAAUUAAAGGGAAUCGCGCAUAACCUCUACACUCUGAGUAUUAUGAUUAAUUGCUUUUGUCGAUGUCGUAAACUCUGUUUGGCUUUUUCUGCUAUGGGGAAGAUCAUUAAACUUGGGUAUGAGCCUAACACUAUCACAUUUUCAACUUUAAUCAACGGAUUAUGUCUCGAGGGUAGAGUUUCCGAAGCUCUGGAAUUAGUUGAUCGAAUGGUUGAAAUGGGACAUAAACCCGAUCUCAUAACUAUUAACACUCUGGUCAAUGGACUUUGUCUCAGCGGUAAAGAGGCUGAAGCAAUGCUUUUGAUAGAUAAAAUGGUGGAAUAUGGCUGUCAACCCAAUGCAGUUACCUACGGACCGGUUUUAAAUGUAAUGUGUAAGUCCGGCCAAACUGCCCUUGCCAUGGAGUUGCUCAGAAAGAUGGAAGAAAGAAAUAUCAAGCUCGAUGCAGUCAAAUACAGUAUCAUCAUUGAUGGUCUUUGCAAACACGGGAGCCUCGACAAUGCAUUCAACCUUUUCAAUGAAAUGGAAAUGAAAGGGAUCACAACAAAUAUUAUUACCUACAACAUUCUCAUUGGCGGCUUUUGUAAUGCUGGUAGAUGGGAUGAUGGUGCCAAGUUAUUGAGGGAUAUGAUCAAGAGGAAAAUCAACCCCAACGUUGUCACAUUCAGUGUUUUGAUUGAUAGUUUUGUGAAAGAGGGAAAGCUUCGAGAGGCCGAAGAACUGCACAAGGAGAUGAUACAUCGAGGCAUAGCUCCUGAUACUAUCACAUACACUUCUUUGAUAGAUGGGUUUUGCAAGGAGAACCACCUAGAUAAGGCCAACCAGAUGGUGGAUCUGAUGGUUAGCAAAGGAUGCGAUCCUAAUAUCAGGACGUUUAAUAUCCUCAUAAAUGGAUAUUGUAAGGCUAAUCGAAUUGACGAUGGUUUGGAACUCUUCCGCAAAAUGUCUUUGAGAGGAGUGGUUGCAGAUACAGUUACUUAUAACACUCUUAUCCAAGGAUUUUGUGAAUUGGGAAAACUUAAUGUUGCCAAAGAACUCUUCCAAGAGAUGGUUUCUCGUAAAGUUCCUCCUAAUAUUGUGACCUACAAAAUUUUGCUGGAUGGGUUGUGUGACAAUGGGGAAUCAGAAAAAGCGUUGGAAAUAUUUGAAAAAAUAGAGAAGAGUAAGAUGGAGCUUGAUAUUGGUAUCUAUAACAUCAUCAUUCACGGGAUGUGCAAUGCUAGUAAGGUGGAUGAUGCUUGGGAUUUAUUCUGUAGCCUCCCCCUCAAAGGAGUGAAGCCCGGUGUCAAAACAUACAAUAUAAUGAUUGGGGGACUGUGUAAGAAAGGCCCAUUGUCUGAAGCGGAACUGUUGUUUAGAAAAAUGGAAGAGGAUGGGCAUGCGCCAGAUGGUUGGACAUACAACAUACUCAUCAGGGCACAUCUUGGAGAUGGUGAUGCAACCAAAUCAGUUAAACUUAUUGAAGAACUGAAGAGGUGCGGGUUCUCAGUUGAUGCUUCCACUAUAAAGAUGGUUAUCGAUAUGUUAUCGGAUGGUAGAUUGAAGAAAAGCUUUUUGGAUAUGCUUUCUUAGAAUGUUUGAUCUUAAUCAACCAGAGAUAAAGCUAACUAUUUCUCUAAGUAUCACAACUGUAGCAAAUCUACUAGCUUUUGGAACCAACCUGAAAAACCUUCAGACUCUUGGAACUGGAAGUGUCUCUUAAGGUUGCGUUGUUUAGCAGAAAACUUUGUCAGGUGUAAGAUUGGAGAUGGAAAGACUGCUAGUUUCUGGUUUGAUAACUGGACUCCUUUUGGUCCCCUAAUCAAGUUCAUUGGAACAGAUGGCCCCUGUAGUUGAGAGCCCCUUUGAAUGCUAAGGUAGCUGAUUUAUAUAACUCAGUUGGUUGGACUCUAGCGGCUCCUAGAACUGGUUUGGCGUGUGACCUUCUUAUCUACCUCUCUACUAUAGCGUUGCCUACUGACUCUGACGAGUUGGAUGCGUAUGAUUGGGUGGUGGAGGACAAGUUAUGCAAUGGGUUCUCCUCAGCUAAGACGUGGGAAUUCUCAGACCAAGGUCGGAUGUGGUUAGCUGGGCAAGCACAGUGUGGUUUAAAGGUGCAAUUCCCAAACAUGUCGCUUCAUAUGUGGGCAACAAAUCUUGAUCGCCUUCCCACUAAAGCUAGGCUUGCUUCUUGGACAUUGAGGACAGAGACCACUUGUUUUUGACUUGCGAAUAUGCGUGUUAUAUCUGGUAUACUGUUAGUGUGAGAUUGGAGCUCCCUCCCAUCAACUUUGUUGUGUGGAACGACCUCAUGGCAUGGACUCUUCAAAAGAACAAGCGUUCACCGCCAACAACUCUACGUAAGCUCAUUGCUCAAUCUGUUAUCUAUGCCAUUUGGAAACAGAGAAAUAAUUUGCAUCACAAUCAUGAGUAUAUUCUUCCAUCGGUGAUAUUCAAGACCAUUGACAGAGAGAUUAAAAAUUCCAUUACUGCAAGAAGACUGAAGAAGCGUUUCAGGCGGCUUAUGACUCUUUGGUUGCACUAAAAUGGGCUCAACCCAGACUGAUCUAUAUUGCUUGCUUGUUUUAAAACUUUUUGCCAAAUCAAUUUUCAAGGUUCAAACCCAUGUAAAUCUAUCUUUUCAUUUAUAUGAUAUUUGCAGUUUAGCAAAAAAAAACUAUUUCUCGACUAGUGUAUGAUGUAUUUGGUCCUAUUAUUCGAAUCUUUGUUCGCAUCUAACCUGUUG